AUGGCGUCGUCCAAGCCUUCCUUAUUGCUCCCCUUCCCCAUCCCGGCCCCCAACCCGUCCGACGAGGUCGUGCGCGAGUUCGGCCCGCUGCUCCGGAUCUACAAGAGCGGCCGCAUCGAGCGGCCCCUGGUGGCCCCGCCCGUGGAUCCUGGCCACGACGCCGCCACGGGGGUCCAGUCCAAGGACGUCCACCUCGGCUCCUACUCCGCCCGCCUCUACCUGCCCCCCGUGGCCGCCGACGGCGCCAGCGCCAGCGCCAAGCUGCCCGUCGUCGUGUACGUCCACGGCGGCGGCUUCGUGGCCGAGUCGGCCGCGUCGCCCGGCUACCACCUCUUCCUCAACAGGCUGGCCGCUGCGUGCCCGGCGCUCGUCGUGUCCGUCGACUACCGCCUGGCGCCCGAGCACCCGCUCCCGGCCAGGUACGACGACCGCCUCGCCGCGCUCAAGUGGGUGCUCUCCGCCGCUGACCCCUGGGUCGCCACGGCCGCCCUCCACGAGGCGGCGCACCACCUCGUCCACCGCCGCGCCUUCCAUCGGCCCCAUCGGGGCCCGCGUCAUCAUCAUCUUCCCACACCCUCCUUCCUGCCCGGAGACGGCGGCGGCGCGUGGCGCCCUCCGCCCCGCGCGCGCCGAACCCCGCGGCCGGGAUCCGCAGCCGCCACCGAGUCCCUGCUGCCCCCUGCGCCGUGCACUGCCGACGCCGCCGCCGGCGGAUGCGCCCCGACGCCCAGCACCUAG